AUGUUAACGGUGUGGGAACAGAUAAAAAGCCUCACAGACCGCAGAUAAGACUUAUUUAAAGCGACCAUCGUGGAGGAAAGGCAGGCAUAAUUGCGCGUACCAGCGCUGUAAAGCAUCCUGCCACCAGAACCAUGGAGAGCUCCAACUACUGGACACGGGCUGUUGUUUGUGCCGCGAUGUUGUUCGUCCUGUGUGGUGCUGAAACAAACGACUCCGACGUGGAUGUGGAUUUGGACACAAGAGCGAUUCGAGACUUUUAUGCGCAAGACCCGAACCUGACAUCCGAAAAACAACUUCUUGGCGCUCUUCAAGAGGUCCUGGAGAAACUGCAAAGAAAAAAAAUUAAUCCGUGGGAAAAGAAAUUUGGAAAACUCCCUAUGUGUGAUGUAGGUGAACAGUGCGCUGUACGGAAAGGAGCUCGCAUCGGCAAGAUGUGUGACUGCCCACGCGGGGCGUUGUGCAACUUUUUCCUGCUCAAGUGUUUGUGAAUGGACUCUACAGGUGUGCCGUAGUCAGAGCUACGUGAAACGAAUUACAUGUAUUAUCAGUAAAUCAUUAUUUAUAUGCACUUUCAAUGCAGAAAUCUACUGUGAACACAUUGUUAGAUUCAUAUUUUUUUCACAAAGGACUAUAUCGAUGAAUUAAAUGUACGACUAUGUUUAGUCUACUGCAUAUUAUCUGUUCUGCUUCGUGAAAUAAAGUGCGUAAUGACUUGUUUUCGUAAAGUAA